AUGGAACACCAAAAAAGUUCAGUAGAAGUAAAUCUCACUUCAACAAUGGAAUUUAUUCUUUUGGGAUUUUCUGAUAUUCCCAAUCUACAAAUGCUCCUUUUUGUGAUAUUUUUCUUUGUCUAUUUGAUUAUUCUGAUGGGAAAUGGCCUCAUUAUUCUCAUAACCAGGGUCGACCAGGCUCUCCAGACUCCCAUGUAUUUUUUCCUCAGUAAUUUUUCCUUCUUGGAAGUCAGCUACGUAUCUGCCACUCUUCCUAGAAUGCUCAAAAACCUUUGGACGCAGAAAAGAAGCAUUUCUUUUUUUGCCUGUGCUACGCAAAUGAGCUUUGUGCUUAUUCUUGGACACAUUGAGUGUCUCCUCCUGACAGUGAUGGCCUAUGACCGCUACAUGGCCAUCUGUAACCCUCUGCACUACCCUCUGGUCAUGAGUCACAAGGUCUGUGUCCAGCUGGUGGCUGCCUCCUGGAUCACUGGGGUUCCCGUUGAGCUGGCACAGACAUGUCAAAUUUUCUCUCUGCCUUUCUGUAGAUCGAACAGGAUCAAUCACUUCUUCUGUGAUAUCCCCCCAUUACUCAAGCUGGCCUGUGGGGACACUUUCCUGAAUGAGAUGUUGGUCUUUUCAGCUGCUGUGCUCUUUGUUAUGACUCCAUUUCUGUUGAUACUUGGCUCCUACACUAAAAUCAUCUCCACCAUACUGAAGUUGCCAUCGGCAACAGGACGAGCCAAAGCCUUCUCCACCUGCUCCUCCCAUGUUAUAGUCGUGGCUUUAUUCUUUGGAUCUGGAAUCAUUACAUAUUUACAACCCAAAUCCAAAAAUUCUUCCAUGGUUGACAAACUUCUUUCUCUUUUCUAUACCAUUGUCACCCCAAUGUUUUAA